CCCUGAAUGUCCGAAUACACGUUGAAGAUACACCACGUUGCAACGUCUAAACAACUGAAAGUGAAUACACAAAGUGACAACAGUCUUUCAUCAUGAUGCAUCAGAGAAACUUAAUUUAUAUUUCAUUAUUAAUUUGUUCUGUACUAUACAUCGUAAAGAGUAAAGACGAGAAUGACAUAAACUUUGCAAGCAAACAAAGUGGAUAUGAAAAAGCAGACGACGCUUGGGACGAAGAUGAGGAUGACAAAGGUGAAGAAGAUGUCGAAGAAGAUGACAAAAUUGAAGAUAUGAAAGAGCAAGUUAAAAGAGACAAUAAUGGGAAUUUUUACAGCUUUACAGUGCUUGAUUCAGAAGGAAAGGGUGUUGACUUGGGGCAAUACAAGGGAAAGAUAACAUUGGUUGUUAAUGUUGCAUCAGAAUGUGGAUAUACUGAUAACCAUUACAAAGCUCUAUCAAAGAUACAUAACCAUUUGGUUACAACUGGACGAUUUUCAGUAUUAGCCUUCCCAUGCAACCAGUUUGGAAAACAAGAGCCAGGGACUAAUGCAGAAAUCCAAAAAUUUGCCAAGGAUAGAUACAGGGCUAAAUUUCCUGUAUUUGGAAAAGUUAAUGUUAUUGAAAGUGAUGUAUCACCAGCAUGGCAGUAUUUAAUAGAUGAAACUGGGGAAGCUCCUUCCUGGAAUUUCUUUAAAUAUCUUGUCAAUGAGAAUGGUGAUGUCCUGCAUGCAUGGGGAGCUUGGACCUCUGUUGAUGAAAUCUAUUCAGUAGUACAACAAGCAGUGACAAAUGCAAUGAGAAGACCAAAAACUGAACUGUAAAUUGUUAGACAAUCAAAAUGAUCAACACAGACAUGCAAAGAAUGUUUCCCACUUAACUUUUUCUAUUGCAUUCUAUCGAACCCAUGUUAAAACAUUUUUUACAGAAUACAAAAUAAUAGGGAUUUUCUCAUUAUCAUUGGCCAAUCCACUAAAUUAUGUAUCUUUUUCACAUCUUCCUUUUAUUUAUCUUGUUCUUUAAACUUUUCAUAGGAUAUUUUUUUAUGAAUGAAAUUUUUGAAUUCAUGGGAUAAAUUGUCCCUAGUUAACAGUUGUUGAAAAUAUAGAAAGAAUACAUUUGAAAAUUUGAAAAAAAAAUCAUUCUAGACAAAUGUAUUUACAAAGCAUCAACUAUAGCUUUAAUCUUUCAUUGAAAUGUUUUCAUAGACCUACUGUUUAGAGUAUUUUCUGGUUUGCAAUUAAGAAUAAAUUUGUCAUGUUCUUUCACAAAAUUAAUUGUGCUAAAUGACUGGUAUAUCUAAAUAGAUCACUAUUUGUAUGUCUGUAGUUUGUAUUGUUUGUGCCUGUUACUUAUCACUUUUAAACUUAUGAAAACAUAUCAAAUCAUAAUAAAUUGUGUAUAUGUGUGUGUCUUAAUGGAUAACAUAAAUGAUGUAUAGUUUUGUAAUAUGUACUAUUUUUAGAAUUACUAGAUAUUGAUGUUUUGUUUGUACAUGAAUUAAUUAUUUUUGUAUUUAGUUUUAAAAAUGAUCUUUGUAUAUUGAUUUACAUUAGGACUAUUGCAAAUUACAAUACUAAAUAAUAUGAAAAAUGAACUUUAGUUUCUCACAAAGUACAAUAGUCUUGUAAUCAUAAUAUGGUAAGGACUGAUCUGAAUUUUGCCACAUCAUAGAUCUACCAAGAUCUAUCAUCACAAAAUACAAAUUAAUGUAUAUUUUACUUGUAAUUUUACUUGUAAUUUUACAAGCUUAACUCUAGUUGCAUAAAGAUCUGGUUUCAUUUGUUUAUACUUCGUUUUAUUAGUUCAGUAUUAUUUUUGUCAGAAUUUUACUUUUAGAUAUUUAACAGUUUUGUUUUAAUUGAUUUUAUGUUUUUCAGAUAUACAUUCUUUUUGCAUGUUUUCUCUUUGUUGUAUUUUUGUAUUCUUAUGAAUGAUACUCAGAUGCAUAUGUUGUUUUUUCGUCAUCAUCAUUUGCAUGUGUUCUGAACAUAAGAAUCUUCCCAAUAUCAUGUAAGGUUGUCAGAAAUUGGGGAUGUGUUGAUACAGAUAUGUAAGUCAACUUAUAUGAUAGUUUACAAAUCUUUUGUCAUUUUGCAUUGAAAGUUACUGAAGUAAUAAAUGGUUUUAUGAAAAUGAAUUACCAUUUCCAUAUAUAUAUAAAUGCUUGCUAUUUUUUUUGGUGACCAAACUACUUUGUAUUAAAGAUAGUUAACAUACAAUAAGGUUAUGAUAUAUUUUUAUAUAGUUGAAUACCAGAUUUUUGUGUGUGGUUAACACAAAUAUAAAUGUUCAACAAAUUUUAAAUUUCUAAACAUAUACAUACUUUGGAAAACCAGCAAAAUCAAAUGUCCAUAAUAUUUUUUUUUUUAAAGUUUUACUCUAUCCACAAAAUCCGUACUGACAAUCUACUGUUGUUUAUUUGUUUUUUUAAUCCUUAAUAUUGUCAAAUUAAUUUGCUUAACUACUUUCCCAAUACAAUUCAUUGUGACCAUGAAUAUGUUAAAUAUGAUCAAAGUGUGUUUUUUGUUGUUGAUUUUAAUGUAAUUUGAAUGGUCUUUAACACUCAAGACUGGAAUUUUGUAAUUUAAUCUGGCAACUUUUCAUGGAAUAUAAAUCUAUUUGAAGGCAUUUAAUUGUCAGAGAAGUUGGCAGAAUUCAUAUAUGUGCCUAGAUAGGAAUAGCAAAAGUGAGAUGAUUAAAUUGAAUGAAACAGUAUGUCUGUUAUCCUUAUUAGGAUCUUUUUGUUUUGUUAACAUCAUUUUUUUUAUGGUCUUCCUAUUUGUAACUUGGUGUAAACUAUUGUGUAGGUAAUUAAUGGACCAUUUGUUAUAGAUGUUGUAGAUACUUAUCAUUUUAUGUUUAGUAAUAUGCAUAAGCAGUGAAACAGAAGGGAGUUUUCAUCAAUUUGUAUUUUAGAUUGGGAGAAUAUAUAGAUAUUAUAAUUGUAACCGCUAGGGGUAGAAUAUUAUCUUUUGAAACUUUUGAAGUAAGGCUUUUACAGCUUUUUAAAUAUACAAGCCAUAGGAAAAAAUGGUCUUAAAUUUCUAUACAUAUACAUACUUUGGAAAACCAGCAAAAUCAAAUGUCCAUAAUAUUUUAAAAUAUAAAAUGUUUUUUUUUUUACUUUUGGAUUUGUCAAAUGCAUGUAGGAUUGUUAAAAAUACAAUUAUCCCUUUCCAAUUGAUUAGAGGACUAAAACUGUUAUUGUUCAUCUUGGCAGCUGAUAUUGUUCAUCCCACUGGAAUUUUUGUUCUCAUUUAUUUUCGUUGUCAUCAAAUUUCUUUACACUGCUUAUGCUAUUACUUUUAGGGAUGGGAAAUAUAUAUGGUGCUACUGAAUCUCAAUUUGUGCAAUGUUUUUUGUUUUGUUUAUUUUAGAAAUAAAUACUUUUGUUUGUAUAUAAGUGUUGUGUUUGGCC